ACGGUUCCUCAAUUACCCGUUUUCUCCCUAAUAUUUUGUCUUUUGCCUCAAACUCCACACUGCACUUCUUCUGUGUUCUUUUCACGGGUCAUCGAAGAAGAAGCAAAUAAAGCCUUUUUUGUCUCCUUCAGAAGAAAGAAUAGGUAAAAGGGUCUAAGUAGAAAACAUGGUUAUUGAUGACAAUAACAUUCUCGUUGCUUGCACAAGUUCCUUUUUUCGACACUCCGAUGCUUCUCCUAAAAGGGCUUUGAUGGAGGGAAGAUAUAGUGGGGAUUGAUCUGAAGAAAGUGUCUACGAGGUUGUUAUAUUGAAUUGUUAUUGAGAUGGCAAUAAAACUCAUCAAGAAGAUGAGGUAAAAUGGGGGAUUCCCGUGUCAAUGCUUUGUUAAUGGAGAAUCAUCACCCAUCCACUCUCUUGUCCAUGGAUUCAAGUGCAUCAUCUCGUGAGCAACUCGAUUUGGAGAUGAAUAGUGAAAUUAUACCUUUAGGUCCACCUGAUAUCAAUUUGCCUCUGUCAUCAGAGCGCGGUAGCUUGAUUCCACAGCCAUGGAAUUCUGUCACGUGUGAUAUUUUGGAUGUUGGUCUUGGCACACAUGGAUAUGAGACUGAUACUUAUCUCAACUCGACAAAAGCUGGAAGAAAGUGUGCAAAGCGGGUUGAUAGUAUAUGGGGUGCUUGGUUCUUUUUCAGUUUUUACUUUAAGCCAGCACUGAAUGAUAAAUCUAAGGCCAAGGUUGUCAGGGAUAGCAAUGGUGUUACGGGGUUUGAAUUCGAUAAAUCUGAUCUUAAGCUUGAUGUUUUCAUGGUCCAACAUGACAUGGAAAACAUGUACAUGUGGGUUUUCAAGGAAAGGCCUGAUAAUGCAUUAGGAAAGAUGCAGCUGAGGAGUUACAUGAAUGGGCAUUCUCGCCAAGGGGAACGCCCUUACCCGUUUAGUGUUGAUAAGGGUUUUGUUAGAUCUCAUAGGAUGCAACGGAAGCAUUAUAGGGGACUUUCAAAUCCUCAAUGUGUGCAUGGCAUUGAGGUUGUUCCAUGCCCCAAUCUGAUAGGCCUCGAAGAGGAUGAACGGAAUAGGUGGAUGGAACUCACUGGCCGAGAUUUGAAUUUCACAGUCCUGCCUGAAGCAAGCGAUUUCAGUUCAUGGAGAAAUCUUCCCAUCAUGGAUCUGGAGCUUGAAAGGCCAAUUCCCCCAAUCAAGAGUAAUUCAAAUUCACACACUAAGAAACUACUUAAUGGAUCAGGGUUGAAUUUGUCAACUUAUCUGUCUAACCAUAGCAAUGGUGAUGGGUUGGACCUAUCUCCUGUCAGCAGCAAAAAAAGGAAGGACCUUUUCCCUAAUGGGAAUGAUGAAGAAUGUUGCUUGACUGUUAAUACUCCAUCUGAUUCCAAUCAAGAUAUGGAAAUGCAACCUUAUGCAGAGCCACUUUGGUUGAAUUACUUUAAUGGGGUGAUGAAGGAUGUUUAUGGACCUGUUACUGCUGCAAAAACUAUAUAUGAAGAUGAACUAGGUUACUUAAUUAUUAUCAGUCUACCAUGUGUAGAUCUUCCGAGUGUCAAAGUUUCUUGGAGGAACACUGUUACUUGCGGUAUCAUUAAGGUUUCUUGUAUGUGCACAUCUCGGAAGCCAUUAAUCAAGAGACAAGACAGAACAUUCAAGCUUACAGCUACAUCCUCUGAGCACUCUCCUCCUGGUGAGUUUGUCCGUGAAAUUUCGCUUUCAACUCGAAUUCCUGAAGAUGCAAAUAUAGAAGCUUACUAUGAUGGACCAGGAUCAGUGCUGGAGAUCAUGGUGCCAAAACUUCGCACAGGACCAGAAGAGCAUCAAGUCCGCGUUUGCCUUCGCCCUCAUCUUCAAAGUAAUGAUCUUAUGUUGAGAUAGCCACUUAACAAAAAUUGUUAGGAUUGCCAACAUGUUACAUAAAUCUUUGUUUUGCUAAUUUUAUACCAUAUAUUAUCUCUACAAUACAAAUGUCUGUUUCUCACAUUCUCUCUAGACUAUAACACAAAAUGAGUGCCUGCACAUUUUUCUCUAGCAAUUUUAGCU